AAAAUGUAAUAAAAAUUCAUUUUGGUGACAAUUGAAAUAAAAAAUAUUGUAAAACAUAAAUAUCAGUCGAAAUACAAAAUUUCUAGUUAUGAGCGGGACAAACGGAAGUGAUCGCUACGAUGUUACCGGACGUCCGGUUGUGACAACCGAAAAUCAAGCCAACAGCACAAUCGAAAAAUUGGCUUUUGUGACUUCGUUCAUUUUAUUUUUAGUGCUUUUUCCGAUUUCAAUAUUUGCAUGUCUGGUUGUAAUGUUGGAAUUCCAACGCGCAGUUGUGUUUCGGUUGGGACGAUUAAGAAAGGGUGGUCCACGCGGUCCGGGUAUAUUUUUCAUUUUACCUUGCAUAGAUAGUAUCGUCAGUGUCGAUUUGCGUACGGUUUCAAUUGAUGUUCCGCCGCAAGAAGUACUCACAAGAGAUUCGGUGACAGUUACACUUGAUGCUGUCAUCUACUACCGUGUACAUGAUCCCCUAAGAGCGGUCAUUCAAGUCGCUAAUGUUAUGUCAUCGACGAUGCUGUUAGCUCAGACGACUCUGCGUAAUGUUGCAGGCACCAAAAUGCUCAUGGAGCUGUUGGCCGAUAAGGACUCAAUUUCCAAAUCUAUCGAAGAUAUUUUAGAUGUAGCAACCGAUCCUUGGGGUGUAAAGGUGGAGCUUGUGGAAAUCAAAGAUGUCCGCCUGCCUUUUGCGCUGCAACGCGCCAUGGCCGCCGAAGCGGAAGCUGCACGUGAGGCCAAAGCGAAAAUUGUUGCUGCAGAAGGUGAAUACAAAGCGUCGACUGCGCUGAAGCAGGCUUCGGAUAUAAUUGGAAUGAAUCCAAUUGCAUUACAGUUGCGGUACUUGCAAACAAUGAACACAAUAUCGGCGGAACGCAAUACAACAAUUAUAUUUCCGUUUCCGAUUGAGCUUAUGGAUGUUUAAGUGUUUUAUUAGAAUUGUGGGACGAAGUGUUUAUAAUGAUGUAUAUAUAAUAUAAUAUAUUAAAUUGUGCGAAUUUUAGCUAAA